ACUCGAUCAAGAUAUAUGGAAAAUUUCAAGCACUACUGCUUUCCCUUGCCGCUUCCCGAAUUUCCAAUUUUCCAUUCAAGAAAGCAGUCUCUCUCUCGGCGGCGCUUGCGUAGAGUAAAUGGAAGUGGGAAGGCUGCCCAUCCCAGCGUCACAGAGAGGCAAACUGAUAUCGGCAGGCUAUACCACCCUGUCUUCGCUUUCUUCGCUCUCUCCCUCCGACCUUGCUCUAGAUCUAAGAAUCUCAGAUAAUGAAGCUGCUGAAAUUUUGAAGGUUGCAUCGCUUGGUAGUAGGUUGGAUGAGCCAGAAGGAGGUCGUGCCAUUGUUAAUGGUGCACAAACUGCUUGGGAUAUGCUUCAUGAGGAUGAGAUGUUUCCCCGCAUUACGACAUCUUGUUUGGAUCUAGAUAACAUCCUUGGGGGAAUAAAUUGCAAAGAAGUUACUGAAAUUGGUGGAGUUCCAGGCAUUGGUAAAACACAGCUAGGGAUUCAACUUGCUGUCAAUGUUCAAAUCCCAGUUGAUUAUGGUGGCCUAGGUGCAAAGGCAAUAUAUAUAGAUACAGAAGGCAGCUUUAUGGUGGAACGCGUUUUACAAAUUGCUGAAGCAUGCAUAGAAGACAUGACAGAAUGUAAUGGCCUUUUGCGGAAGGAUUUUCAUGCUGGCCAACUUAAAAUGCACCCCAACAAUAUUUUGGAAAACAUAUUUUAUUUCCGUGUCUGCAGUUACACUGAGCAAAUUGCUCUUACAAAUUACUUAGACAAGUUCAUCUCAGAGCAUAAAGAUGUUAAGGUUGUUAUUGUUGAUAGUGUUACUUUCCACUUCCGACAAGAUUUCGAUGACAUGGCCCUCAGGACUAGAUUACUAAGCGGAAUAGCUUUAAAGUUGAUGAAGCUUGCAAAGGAGCAUGGUUUGGCGGUUGUUUUACUGAAUCAGGUGACCACAAAGUAUAUAGAAGGUUCAUUUCAGUUAACUCUAGCAUUGGGUGAUAGCUGGUCACAUUCUUGCACAAAUCGAGUCAUUUUGUAUUGGAAUGGAAACGAAAGAUAUGCAUACAUUGACAAGUCACCCUCCCUCAGAUCAGCAUCAGCACCGUAUUCUGUGACCAGUAAAGGCAUUAGGAAUUCUGCUUCGACCUGUAAGCGAAUCAGAAUGAUGUGACACAGAUUGGGUGAGAUACGAGCUAAAAGACUACCUAGCAUCAGCAUCACGUAUGAAGUGAUCGGCCAGAUUUAACCAUCGGUUUUCUUAUAUUUAGGUAGGAGUGUUGAAAACGCUUAAAAAACUAUCAUAUUAUUUCAAUACUCUUAGGAUCUUAGUCGUUCAUUCUCUAUUAUGAAUGGUGUUAUUUUGUCAUUAAGUUAUUUUAUUCUUAAGUUGGUAUAUAAAAUAUAUUAUUCACAUUA